UAAAAAUGUGUCACAGUGGUAUUGCUAGUUAGAAGGAAAACUUGAUGAUUUCCCGUCGACAGCAUACAAUUACGACGAAAAUCUGGCAUUUUAGCUUUCUUCCUGAAAUUCAAAAUCUGAAUCACAUGUAUUACAUGGAGAACCAGUCUCGCAACAGCAAAGUCCUACAGCCGCGGUCCUUGUAGCUCGACAACCUUCCGUUUCAUCCGCGGAGCGCACGGAGCUACAUCGAACUUGCGUCACAAGUACACCUACCGAUGACAGGCGGUGCACCAGGUGCAGCUGUGUCCUCUUCGAGUGCGGCUCCGCUGCGACCGGCCGAGGAAAGCGGGAUCCAGCAGUUGACAUCAUCCACCGGAGCAGGAGGAGGAGCACCCUCUGCCACCCAAGAUGGAGGUGGUACUUCUAACCCCAUCGGGCGGGCCAGUGGUCGUUUCUCGUACGCGUCGAUCGCAAACGCGCGGAGCAAAGACCUCCAAUCCGUCGACGCGGCGGAGUUGGACGCCAGUGCGGCCAGCAACCGGAACAAGCGGCGGUUGGAGCGGGUUAGCGACCCGGAGCUGAACCGCACGCUGGACAAGAUCAUGGUGGACUGCAGCGGGUUGGGGUUCGACUCCUUCUCUUCCAGCAAGCGGGCAAAGGUGGCGGACGAGCAAGGCGGGGUAAUGCUGUUUUUGGAUAAUAGUGAAAAUCAAAAUCUUCAUGAGGAUUCUUGUACAAGAGCAUACCAGGAGAAUAAUUAUGAUGAUGUUCCUCAUUCCUCUUGUCCUGACGGAGAGGAAGAAGUACUGCCUGUGCCAGAGGUGGUGGUCCUGGACCAGAAUGCGGAAGAGGAUCCGCCUAAGCAGGAGUCUUUUUUCGACGCAGCAGAGCUUCGUUCGUUGCCGCCAGAUUUCGAUUUUCCACAUGGCAGCUGCACUAAGGGUAAGGACCGGCAUAAGCACAGUUUUAGUACUCGGGGGAAGAUGAACUACCUCGACCUGCUCAGUCCUUCGCACCAGCCCGGAGCUGAAAAUGCGAAGAAAAGUGAACAAGACUUGCUACCCUUUUCCCCUCUAGUGUCGUGGAGAGAUGACGAUAUCGAUAGCGAGCGAGAGAACGCUAGUGAGAUUGAUGAACCAAUCGAAAUAACUGGGGACGAAAACAAGCAGACCCGAUCUCCUACUCCUGGGAAGGAAGUUUUGCCACUGUCACCUCUGCAGCUAGACUCGUUGGAAGGCGAAGCGGCAGCAGGGCAGGCGAAGACUUUUGAGCCAAGGAGGAGCAGGUGGUUUGAAGAGUGCGUUGCUGGAGAUGAAGCCAGGAGCCAUGGCGUCGAUGGAAAGACCAUCAUGAUUACCAGACGAAUGCAGGACCCCUGGAGCUACAUCGACGGAGGACUCACGCGGAAGAACCACAGGAGCGGCCGGAACAAUGACGCUGACACGGGGCUGGGGCAGCAAGGAUCGUCGUCGGCUCGGCAAGUUCGCGACCUUGCGGAGGAGGCACAAGCGGAAGAGCACGCUGAUAAUCUCGAUUCCUCAGCGCAUUUGCUAAAUACCGCGUUGUUUUUCGGGCCGCCAAUAACCUCGGAGACGACCAACGUUAAGCCUUGUCCGCAUCAGAGUCGAACGCAUCACGAUAGAUGCCCGCUUUCUGCUUCCUUCUCCACGACUGCCUCAAGUCCGUUUUAUUCCUCAACCGCAUCCUGCUCCCACGAUGAGGGCAGCACGACUCUGGAACUGCACUACUACCUGCCAGACACAGCGUAUAGUUCUGACACGGGAACAAGAGAAGCUGAUGCAUUUCCGCAUCGCGGGGGAGAGUGGGGCCCGGAUGGAUUUCUGGAUGAGAGCCCGAGACGGCCGCAGGAGCGUCGGACUGUAAAGGCAGGCACUUCAUCAUCUGCAGUGGGAGGGCAAAGAAGUGCGAGGGCCGCGAGGACCCCUGGACCACGGCGCCUCCAGAGCUCAAGUCUGACAGCGUCGCAUAGUCUGAGAAACAGCCGCGAACCGUCUGCAACUACUACGCGGCGAAGUGCAGGGAACAAGAUGGAUCUCUUUACAACUUCGGGACGAGACGUGGACAAUUUUUGUGGUAAUGCAUCUCGACGGCCUUACAGAAACAGAUACAGUAGCUCGCCACUCCGACGCCCACCGUCCGCUUCUGCGAGCAAAGUGAAGCUGGAUCAGCCUAAGGCCCUGUCCGCUUCCUACCCGCCGCCGUCCCCGUCGAGAGUGCAGCGAGGCGGUCUCGCAGAGGCAGCCACUGGAUCAUCGUCCACUUCCAGGUUGGUGGCAAGGGUCCUGCCCUCGAGAAUACCGCAGCCUCGAGGACUGCCACAAGCCGCUGCGCCACCAAUACCACUAGCUAGGUCCCCCUACCCUUUGCGCUUAUCCUUACCAGCAGAAAAUCAAGACUUGGCAUCGCUAUUGCACAUCAGCCGCAGGAGUUGCAGCAGGAGGAGCGUCACUGUGCGAAAUCGGGAUUAUGACAGCUGGAAAGCUCAGUCUCAGAGACAGAGUGUGGACAAACCUUCGGCGCGAGGACAUGACGACAACUUACACUUGCAGCGGACACAAAUGGGCAGCGAAAAGAACGGUUCAACUAUGAAGGGUUCCGGCGGUCCGACCUGUUUACAUCAACCUAGGAUAAGUGUAAGCAGGCGAGCGGAAAUGAGAGAGCAUAACGAGCGAGCACCUUCGACCUCGAUAUCGAUCGAAACUGAAUCGAACGCAAAAAAUCAAGUGCCAGACGACCCAGAUGAAAGCAAGCCCACCUCCCGGGCGCGACCCUCUCAAUCCCUGAGGGCCAGUCUUCUGCGCCUUCCCUCUGUGAAGGUAGUCCGAGAUGAUGCCACUACUUCGACGGAAAUUGUUGCACAAAGCGUGAGCCACAGCAGUUGGAGUUGCAGUGCCCAUACAGAAGACAGAGAUCAUAGAGAUAAGAAGCAGCUCCAAAUAUUACAGCAUCAAGAAAAUUUACUACCCGCGCUUCUGAACGACCUAAAAUCCUAAAAUCGUCUUCUCAGGUCCGCGCUGUAGCGCCGCAACGCUUGCAGCAGCAGGACUUGUCGUUACUCAGUCUCUCCGGCGCCAACAGCUCGCUACUCAACUCCUCGGCUGCCGUGGGCGCCGCAGCCAUCGGGAACAAUACGUCGGCUUCGAGCAGCGGCCUCCUCUUGCCCGGUGCGAGCGAACAGAUUGGCGGCUCCUCGGCCUCCUCCUCGUUUCACAAGUACAACCCGCCGUUGCGGCGCAACACCCCGCCACGGCAGGGACCCCCAGCGCGACAUGGCUUGUACGCGAACGCACAAAGCAGCGGGUACGGACCGCCGAUCGGCGCGAAAGCAAGGGCGGGAACGCCGCGGAGCGCCACCGGGGAUAUGACCUUGGUUGGGCUGGGCUCGGUUGCAAAGGCGGGAAGACCGCCCUCUCCGAGAUUGGUAGAGAUUUUCAUCUUGAUGUUUGGUGUAACCUGAAUUGGUAUACUGUUCAACUGUGCACGGAUCCCCAUUCCUCUGAAAUGUCAUGCCUUUUUAGUCUCUACUAUCUGGAAUGCACAAUUUCCACAUGCCGAUGACUCGUCAAAAACUCCACCUCUUCCUUCUUCCCAGGGCCAACAACCGGCUUCCGCGAACAACCCGGAACAACAGGGAAAGCGCGUGGGCGGGUGGACCGCGAAGUUGGCCGCGAGUACGGCGAUUACCGCGGAAACGAAGGAGCUUGAGGAGGAGAGGAACAAACUCAACCUGGAGAUCCAGGAGCUCUCGGAGCGGCGGAAAAAGGCGGAGAAGACGGUGCAGGAGCUGCAACGCGAGGAAGCAGAACUAACGAUUAAAGAGGAGGAAGCAGUGAUGCAACGCGACGAGUUCAUCGAGAGACUCAAGUCCGCCCGCGAAACGUGGCAGGCGAAGAUCCAGGCGAAGAAAAAGCAGAAGGACGAGAUGGAGCGGAAGGUGGAGAUUAGCCGGAAAGAGCUCCGCUACGCCACGGAGCGGUUUGAUACGCUGCAGCGGACGAAGCAGCUGGAACUCGAGGAGAUCGCGAAGCACAACAACCGGAAAAAGUGCAUUGAAGAGGAGUUCAAACUGCGACACAAGGAGGAGAUGGCGAAGUUGAAGGAGAUCGAGUCCUGGAAGGCGCGCAUCGAGGAAGCGCAACUGUACAAGCAGAAGAUCCAGCAGAAAAGGUCGCUGUUGGUGUUGAAAACGAAGGAACGGUAUCCUGUGCAAAAGUAUCGUACUCGUACAAAUGCAAGUCUUGCAUUACAAAUCUUGUUUCCAAGGCAAAUCUGCAUAUACAAAUUUUAUUUCUCAUGCUGAGGAAAUUUGUCAUGCAUUUAUACGAAUAAGAUACUUUUGCAGUUCAUAAACAGUUCAACGAGUACAUUGAGGUGAAGGGGAACAUCCGGGUUUUCGUCCGGAUCCGCCCGAUGACGCCAGCGGAGGAAUCCAACAAGGAGAAGGCGGCGCAGAUGAAGAUUGACGAGCGCAGCGGGAACAUGGAACUGGAAAGCGCAUCGUUUUUAAACGUGAGCGGGUGCGAGAAACAGACGAACAAGUGGACGUUUCACUACGACCGGGUCUUCAACACGGACGCAAGCCAGAAGAUCGUGUUUGAGGAAAUCUCGCAGCUGGUCAAAUCGGCGCUGGACGGGUACAAGGUCGCGAUAUUCGCCUAUGGGCAGACAGGUAAUGUGGAUUUUUGUUCUCGAGAUCGCAUUUGUUUUGUUUUGCGGUCGUUCCGUACUGCACUUCUUAACUGAAACCAUGCAUAAGCAUCAGCAACUGAGCGGCAAAUGUCCAUCACAGGCAGCGGCAAGACUUACACGAUGGAGGGCCCCCCUCAGCAGGCGAUCACGGAAAAGAAUUUCGAGCGCAACGCGGGCAUGAUCCCCCGGGCGGUAAAGCACGUGUUUCAGCACAUGCGGAACACGAGCGGGUGGCAGUUUGAGUGCUCGAUCAGCUUCAUGGAGAUCUACAACGAGAACAUCCGGGACUUGCUGAACAAGGGCAAGGACGUCAGCGUCAUCAUGGCCCCCGACCACGAGAGCACCACGAACGCCAGCACGUUCAAGGUGGAGCGGGAGGAGGACGUCCGCGACGCCUUGCAACGAGCGCACUCGCUCCGGUCCUACGCCAGUACCGCGAUCAACGACCGGUCCUCGCGGUCGCACACGGUGUUCCAGCUGAACCUCCACGGGAAGGGGCCCCGGAACACGACCUUGAAGGGGCUGCUGUCUUUGGUGGAUUUAGCCGGCUCCGAGCGGGUGGAGAAAUCAAAAGCGACCGGGGAUCGGAUGAAAGAGGCCCAGCACAUCAAUAAGUCUUUGUCCGCUUUAGCAGGCGUGAUCACGGCGCUAUCGGAUAACAAGUCGUCGCACAUCCCCUACCGGGACAGCAAGCUCACCCAGAUGCUGAAAGACAGUCUCGGGGGGGACAGCAAGACCUUGAUGUUUGCGAACAUCUCCCCGUUGGACAAAUACUUGUCGGAAUCGAUCAACAGCUUGAGAUUCGCCGCGCAAGUGAACUCCGUGCACCACUCGCAGUCAACGGCCAAGCGGGGCACACCGGCCGGAAGUAAGACAGGAGCGGCAGCAGGGAGUGGUGGUACCGCGGGUGCCGCCGCGUCGAGCAGCAGUGGCGCGACCGGGGGUGCGGCCGGACCCAACAAGUGAGUGGAUUGAUGGUGCGCCGCGCAGGGGAAAGUGCUUGUAAAAGUCGCAGCAGUACAAACAAUUUUCGAUCGUACACUACAUCUCGAGCUUUUUCUCGUAACCUUAAUACUUGUAACAAACCGAAAUAACACUUCCCGGUCGAACUCGAACGCCAGAUUUGACCGCAGAGCUUGUUUCUAUUUCACAAAUAUUAACCGAAGCGACCGAAACCGAAGGUGAAUAUCCGAAGCAACCAGAUUUUUUGGAAAUCAUCAGCGUAUUUUGUAGUCGAAGCACAGUAAAGUGAUACAGGAAAAUGUAUGGCUCCAUGCGGCCGAGAUUCUGUGUGGAGUUCCUGAGUAACAUCGAAAUCAGUCGAAACAGAUAAAGAGAAAAAAGAAUGUCUGCAGGAAAUAAUUGUCCACGGUGGAACCUCCACUUGAUGAAUCAUCGACAAGGUCCAGGGUCCAAUCACAUGAAAAAUACAGUCGCAGCAAC